GUGUGAUGAACAUUACGGCCAUGGGGUGUGAUUGAGGUUUGCUGAGCGUGUUAAGUGUGAUGAACAUUACGGCCAUGGAGGGUGCUGCGUCCUGGAACGAUUACGGAUAGUUGUGGUGUGCAAUGCUUGGCAAUUCUUUGUCGCUAUUUUGCAAAACAGCAUCGGCUCCAAAACACACAAAUUGUUUCGUCUGUUCCUUAACUUGUGAUACCUUCACAUGAAACCGUUGUUUCACAACAAAUCAAACAAGCAUAAAUACUGGGCUAUGUCUCGCGCUCAUGCGAAUUUCUGUUCUCUUAUACGCUGUGUUUAUGCGCUAUGCACGUGCAAGAAUGAUUAACGAGCUCGAUUACUUCACGGGCAAGGACAUUUACAUCAAGCUUGCGGGCUACCCCUCAAUACAUCUGGCAUACAGCAUCAAGGACAACGCGUUCCGAUUUGUUAACUCGAAUCUUAGUCCGUCCAUCUUUGCAUAUGAUGACCGUGCACGCAUAACCACGAACGGUAACAAAUUUGAGCUUGUCAUCGGCGGUGUGCAGGCUUGUCUGAAGAAGGACCGCAUCGUGCGAUGCGAUAGCAGUGAUUCAAAGACAUCCUCGCUCUUUAAAAUCACGAAGGAUCAGUACGGUUUUGAAAUAGCGAACAACGACUCGUGUAUCACAAAGGAAAUGGACACAAAGACAAACAUGAAGAAAUGCAUGCAGACAGAAGAUCAGAUGUACGAUUUUGAGACGAGCGGAUCGCUCGGGUGCAAGGAUGCGGAGGAACAGAACGAUGUGCGGAUGAUGAACGUCGAGCGAGCACUCGGCGAGUUAAUGCGUGAGAUGGCCUGGCGGAACAACGAUACGCACUACUCGGACGGCAUGCGAUACGCGCCAUUCUACGAUCACGGGCCGAGUACCAUGCGGGUGGAUAGCUUUGGCGAUAAAUUGGUGCAGCAGGAGAGUCCACUGCACGGGUACCUGAGUGACAGGUUCAUACACGAACGGCCUGUUCACGAUGCACCCAUCUUCGACACCCAUGCAAUGCAUGAACAGCCGAUACACACCACAGAAACGAUGGUGCACGAGACAGAAGCUUUCCCGAGAUACGUGCAGUCGGAGAUGCAUGUCGAGCCUGUGCACCACGCGGUUAUUCACAGCGAAGAACGGCCAGUGGUGAUCGAGAAUAGACCGAUCGUACAGGACCAGCUACACUCUGAAAAGACGAAGAUAGUUCCUGGCAAAACGACCGUAGAGACGAAGACGGUGCCUGUGAAGAUGAGGGUCAGAACACAAAUGGCGCCAACCACAAAGACAGUGGUGACCGAGACAGUGACAGAUCAAGAUGUGGUCAAUGAGGAAGCCGAUGUGAGCUAUGACGAGGAGACCGAUGUUGAGGAUGUAAAUUCGCUGUGA